UGCAAGCGAUCUGCCCUUGACCUCCUAAAGUGUUGGGAUUGCAGGCGUGAGCUACCGUGCCCAUUCCUUUUUUCCUGAACAUUUUCCAAGUGAGGUUGGUGGAAAUCACGGAUGGGGAACUACGCAUGCAGAGGGCUGACUGUAAUUGAUUUCUUUCUGCCUCCUCACUAAUCUGCACACUGCAGGCAGGGACCUAGUCUCAUCAUGCCUGCACCUCCAAGCACUGCCCUUUUACCCUGUAGUCUCCCCAUUGGUCAGCUUGGUUCCAUGAAGGAACUCCGUUACCACAGCAAGGACUGACCUCACACUGGUGGCUCCAAGUCACUGCCCAAACAUUCUGAAGGGAGUAGAGCUUGAUUGCUCAGAUAAAUAGAGGGCAGAUGCUGGACUGUAGCUGAGUAUUUCCUUUCAUCCAUAGGAUAAAAUGCUGAUAAUUUGAGAGUGAUGGACAAGGUUCAGAGUGGUUUCCUCAUUUUGUUUUUGUUUGUAAUGGAAUGCCCACUUCAUUUAUGCUUGCCGUUUGCAGAUGGACUCCAUCCCACUAGAAACGUAACAGGCUUACCAGGCAAUAAACAAUCACAACCACCCAGAAACAUCACCAAAGGGCCCAAAGUGUUCUCUCGUAAAACCCAGUUACCUGGGAUUCAAGGGGCUGCGUCAAGAUCCGUGGCGGCGUCACCUACGAACCCCAUGAAAUUCCUGAGGAAUAAAGUUAUUAGAUCAAAAAGAAGGAAAAAUAUGAAGAAGAAGAAACUGAGGGAAGAGAAAAACUCAGUAACACAAAAAGAGACAAAGAAUGCGUCACAUAAUGGAAAAAUGGAAGAUUUGUGAACACAGAUGACAGAGGUGCCGGCUGAGGCAGAGGAGAGACUAUGGGGGUGCUGGGAGACUGAGCCCGUGGGCGUGGCUUGCUCCCAGAGAACCUUGUGGAAGAGGACAUCAAAGAAAAAAACGCCAAACGUGCAUCCCAGAAAAUAAAGCCAUAUGAUAUAGCAA